GUCCCAGUCCAACAGCCACCUGGCCAAGCGAGGGAGCGCGAGUCCCUGGCCAACACAGGAAAUUCCAUGUAUGGGAAGUUUGCUUGGUAGAAAAUAGGACGCGGAGGAUGUUGCAAUGCAAAAACAGGAUUAAAGACACACAGGAGCCUUCAUGGAUAUAGUUGAUACAUUUAAUCAUUUAAUUCCUACUGAACACUUAGAUGAUGCCCUAUUUCUAGGAUCCAACCUGGACAAUGAAGUCUGUGAGGAUUUUAGUACAAGUCAAAAUGUCUUAGAGGAUUCGCUGAAGAACAUGCUCAGUGAUAAGGACCCUAUGCUAGGAUCUGCAAGUGCUCAGUUCUGUUUGCCUGUUUUGGAUAGCACUGAUCCCAAUUUCCAGAUGCCUUGUUCUACAGCUGUCGGACUUGAUGAUAUUAUGGAUGACAGAGUUAAGGAAACUGCCCACAGUACCAUUGAUGAAGGUGAUCUGUCAUCCAACAGGAAAUUGAGGGACCAAAUGGAUGGAACUUCAACCAAAUCACCAAGAAAGUCUCCACGUUUAAUGAACCAAGAUCCAGUACGAAGUCUGCGGCAGAGCACACUAGCUAAACGUUCAAAUUCUUCACCUUCUGUUCCCACGAAGAAAACUGUAAAGUCUGGACCUGCCCAGAAGGGAGGACUGAAACAACAUGAUAAAGGACAGGCUAAACAGGAUAAUAAGAACAAUAAUGCAGAAGAGGAUUUUAAAAAGAUUGAGCCAAGCUGUAACGACAGUUCCCAGUUAGAAGAAACAAAAGACAUCCCACCAUCAUCUUCAGGCACUUCAGAAUGGGUUCCAUCUUGUGCAGAAUCAGAAAGCAAUGAAGCAGAUAAUGAGCAUGAAAUUUCCAGUCAGGCAAAAGUCAAAGUAUCUCUUGAAACAGGAAAUUCUUCUAAUUUGUCAGGUUCUAUUACCUUAUGUAAAGAAAUGGAAAAUGGAGCACAGGCUGUUACAGAAAGUUAUGGUACUACCAUUGGAACAGAAUCAGCGUCAUCUGCUUUUGUGGAGGCUGACACCGUUACGAAUAGCAAUAACCUUAAAGAUGAAGGUGAUGAAGUUACGAAAUACACAUCUGAAAUAUCUUCAGCAGAAAAGGCAAACCAUAAGACUGAGGAAGAACAGAAUAGAAUUGAAAUAGAAGAUCAAAGCAAGGAAACUGGAAUGAGUGGUACUCUGCUUAUUUCCAAAACCUGUGAAAAUUCAAGUGAAAUUCAGGAAGAUCUUAUAGUUCAGUCUAAUUUUGUGGAUGGAAAGGCUGAAUGCAACUUAGGUUUAAAGGCUAGUGAUGACAUUGCUCAUAAUGCUAACUUGCAAAAAGAAGACAAGCAAGAACAUUCAGAUAACCUGAAAAAAGGUGAUUUGAAAGAUGAUCUUCCUUUAAAUAGCAUGGAAUUUGAACAGACUGAUUUAAAAGAUGAUGGUACAAAUUCUAUCAAAUUAGAAGCAAGUACUUUGGAAGAUAGUAUUGUUCAACACAUUCCAACCCAAACAAUAUAUCAAGAGCCUGAAAGUAUAAACAUGGGAGAGCUUGAAAUUUCAGGAUUGCGGGAAGUUGGGCAUUCUGGUGUUCCAUUAAAAUACCUAAAAAAGACGAAGUCCAAAAAUACCAAGACUAAACAAAAUAAAACUACAGUCACACAACAGAAAUUGUCUACUGUAGGCCAGGGCACACACAGUAAAAUUCAUGUUCUUCCAAGUCCUCGUAGUCAGUCUUCAGUAAGCCUGAAACGUCACAUAGAGGAGCAAGGAAACAUUCAGCAUUGUCAGCAAAAAAUUAAAGUUAAGAAACAACAUUCAGAUAAAGAUAUAAGAUUUCAGAGCUGUGACUCUGGAAUACCUCUAAAGAAGCAAAUCCAUGAGGUAGAGAAAAAUAUUCCCCGGGGUCAAAUACCAGUUCAGGUACGGAAGAUAAUGACAGAAAGAUCUGUCAGCCAUCUUGCUGGUUCUAAAGAAGGUUUACAUUUAAUGUUGGGAACAAUUAAUUCUAAGCAAGGGCAGUUGCCACAACAGAGUCAGAAGCAGCCACAGAAAUAUCACCUUAAAACAAAUAAUUGCAUUAAGGAACAAGGAGGAAAAAAAGAUUCCAUGGCAUUACUUGUGGAUUAUUUAAAAGAUGAUGAAAAGGAGAAAGUCAAAGUUAGAAAGUUAGAAAAGAACCUUCAGCCUCGACAGAGAAGAAGCAGUAAAAGUCUUUCAGUUGACGAGCCACCACUGUUCAUUCCAGAUAAUAUUUCUACUGUAAAACGAGAGAGCACAGAACUCCUGUCUCCCAGUGAAAGCAAAAGUGUCUGGAUGCCUAGUAAGCAGUGUGGGUUUUGCAGAAAGCCACAUGGCAACAGGUUCAUGGUAGGCUGUGGUAGAUGCGAUGAUUGGUUUCAUGGUGAUUGUGUUGGAUUGAGUUUGUUUCAAGCACAGCAAAUGGGAGAAGAAGACAAAGAAUAUGUUUGCAUCAAAUGCUGUGCUGAGGAAGACAAGAAACCAGAUUCAGUUGAUAAGAAUAUGCUGGAUGCCAAUGUGAAACUUGAAACAACCAGAGAAAAUAGACCAGUGGAGUGUGAGAAGCCUGGAAUGUCCAAGCAAACUUUCAUGGGCCCUCAAAACAAGACCCCAAAGCAAGGAGAAGACUCUGUGAAACAUAAGGUCAAAAUUUUUAAGCGGGAAUCUAGCGAAGGAAAAGCAGUAUUGGAAUAUAAAAAUUCUGAAAGUAAAAAGGGGCAGCAGAUUCCCAAAAAAACAGGGCAAAUGAGUUCCGUUCCUCGACGAGCUUCUGAAGACAAAUUUGAAAAAUUGAAUAAAGAUAAUGUUUCCUGUUCAAGUGAAAGCACACUAAAGCAAGGUAUUCAGGAUAAGCAGGAAAUGAAGAAAAAGAGAACCGAGAAGGGAACAGCAACUAAUGUACACUCACCUCCUGCUUCUGCAGCCAAACCUUCUGUUGAUCAGAUAAGACAAAGUGUUAAACAGUCACUGAAAGAAAUUCUAGAGAAAAGGCUUGCAGACUCAACACUGAAGAUCCCUGAAGAAAGAGCAGCAAAAGUUGCAAAUAAAAUUGAAAAAGAGCUCUUUUCUUUUUUCCGGGAUACCGAUUCCAAGUAUAAAAAUAAGUACAGAAGCUUGAUAUUUAAUCUGAAAGAUCCGAAAAAUAAAAUACUUUUUAAAAGAGUAUUGAAAGGUGAAGUUACUCCAGACCAUCUCAUAAGAAUGAGUCCUGAAGAACUAGCUUCCAAAGAACUAGCUGCAUGGAGGAAAAGAGAAAAUAGACAUACAAUUGAAAUGAUUGAAAAAGAGCAGAGGGAAGUUGAAAUACGACCAAUCACCAAAAUUACUCAUAAAGGAGAAAUAGAAAUUGAAAGUGAAGCUCCAGUUAAAGAGCAAGAAGCAACUAUUAUGGAAAUUCAGGAACCUGCUCCAAUUAAAAUUGUAGAAAAGGUGGAGGAAACGGAAAAAGUUAAAGAAGCUAAUGAAUCUUCCAGUUCUGAUACAACAAGUCAACAUAAAAACCACCUAUUUGAUCUUAAUUGUAAAAUUUGCACAGGUCGAAUGGCACCACCCAGUGAUGAUCUUUCUGGGAAAAAAGUGACAGUAUCAAUUGGAGUUGCUCGGAAGCCAUCAGAUAACGAAGCUGACAAUAUAGCAGAUGCACUUACUUCAACAACAAAUAUCUUAGCUUUGGAAUUAUUAGAGGAAGAUAAAGAAUUGUCAAAUCCAGCGUUUGCGUCCACUUCCAGCUCUAGAUCAGAAACACCUGGGACUGUUGAAAGUGAAACAUUAUUUCUAGCUCGUUUGAAUUUCAUUUGGAAAGGCUUUAUCAACAUGCCAUCUGUGGCAAAGUUUGUUAUCAAGGCUUACCCAAUCUCUGGUUCUUUUGAAAGUUUAACAGAGGAUUUGCCAGAUAGCAUCCAAAUAGGUGGCAGGAUAUCACCUCAGACUGUUUGGGAAUAUAUUGAAAAAAUAAAGGCUUUGGGUACAAAGGAACUAUGUGUGGUUCGUUUUACUCCUGUUACAGAAGAGGAUCAGAUUUCAUAUACUUCGCUUUUUGCCUACUUCAGCAGCAGAAAACGUUAUGGUGUAGCAGCUAAUAAUAUGAAGCAAAUCAAGGAUUUAUAUAUUAUCCCUUUAGGUGCUUCUGAUAAAAUUCCACACCAGUUGGUACCUUUUGAUGGUCCUGGAAUUGAAGUCCAUCGACCCAAUUUGCUGCUGGGAUUGAUAAUUCGCCAGAAGCUAAAAAGGCAGAUUAGUGCUGUGGCUAAUUCAACCGUGACCCAGGCUGAAGAGAGUCCUGAAAAUUUGCAACCAGAGAAAAAAAGUAAACUGAACAAAUCAGAAGUCCUUCAUUCUGAGUCAAUUGAAAAAGAAGAAGAAGAAAAUGAUUUCUUUAAUUCAUUCACUGCAGUACUGCACAAGCAGAGGAUCAAAUCCCAACAAUGUAGUACAGAAGAUGUCACAGUGAAUGAACCUGCUGUGGAGAGCAUCAAACUUGAACCCACCAAACCUCUACGGUUCCUUCCUGGGGUUUUGGUUGGAUGGGAAAAUCAAUCAUCUGCUCUCGAACUAGCAAGUAAGCCACUGCCAGAUGACAUUCUUCAAAGCCUUUUGGAUACCACGGGGCAGAUGCCUGAAUAUAUCCAACCAACAGUUGACAAGCCAGUUAAUGAAAAUCUGCCUUUAUUAGAGAAACAGACAAACAUAAAGGAAGAAAACAUAGACAUUUCAGUGGGUGGUGAAGAUACAAGGCAUAAAAAGGACAAUGUAAAAGAAACCAUCAACAAUACCUUAGCAGUGGAUGUAUCAGUAGCAGAUUUCCCUUGCUCUCCAGGAACUCUUACAAGUCUGAGUCUUAAGGAGAAACCACCGGAUGUUUCUACUGAGGUAUUUUUAGCAAACUUAACUAUUCUAUCACAGAGUAAGGAAAACCAAGAGACUCCAGAAAACAGUUUAAAGUUGGGUGAUACAGAUAAUGUUCCUCAGGAAAAUAAAAGGACCAUAAAUUUUCCUGUUCCUUCAGAUGCUGGAAAAGGAGAUGGGAGCAAUAAUGUUGGAACAGCAUCUGUUGAUACUAUGACCAUUCAUAAUUCCAAAUCUCCACCAUUCAUUAAUCUUAAGAGAGACCCAAGGCAAGCAGCUGGACGAGGCCAACAUAACAAUAGUUCAGAAAGUGAAGGCGAUAGUACUAGAAGUGAAGAUAUACAGCACCUUGAUACUUUAGAAUCUGAACGGUCAAAAGUCGAUAACAAGCAGAAUUCAGGAAAUGAAUUAGCCUCAGAUCAGGCUGAUAAUCAAGCAUGCAAGACAACAUUGGUUUCAAAAGCAUCUAAAGGAGAUAGUGCAUGUACCUCACAAAUUAAUGACACCUUGAUGCAAAACCUUGAGACUGGAAAUUCUGUGAGAGGAUUAUUGUCGCCGCCACCACCACCACCACCACCACCACCACCCUCUUCAUCAUCAUCAUCAUCAUCAUCAUCAUCUCAGUUUGAAAUGGAAAAUACAGGUCAUCAAUCUGACUUAAGUACCAAAUUACCUACCGGAAGUGGAAAUUUCUCACCAAUUAGGACUCCUCAACCCAAUUUUCCUCCCGCUAAAAUAACUCCCCCUGGUUUUCAGUUUCCUGGGGCCAUUACCCCUAAUUUCUCCCCACAGAACACUCCUGUAUUUGGGUUUCCACAUCAUCUGCCCCCACCGCUCCUUCCACCUCCGGGCUUUGGCUUUGCUCAAAGUCCUCUCAUGCCUUGGCCUCCUGUACUUCACCUGCCAGGUCACCUACCCCACUUUGUUGGACCAGUUACACCAGCCCCUCCUGUCACUCAGAAACCAUCAAGAUUCUCAGGGCCUGAACACUUUUAUCAAAACAAAAAUGCUAGAAGACCCGAAAGGCGUCACAGUGACCCCUGGGCAGGCCGGCAGGGUCCUCACGUGGAGAGGGCUUUCAGUAGGAGGAAGAACGAUCAACAAAGGCAAAGGUUUUAUAGCGAAUCUCACCACUCCAAAAAGGGCAGGCACGACUGGGAGUUGGAUCCUGAAAGAAGUCGACACCGAGACAGAAGCUCAGAGAAAGAGAGGGAAAGAAAAAACCGGGAGGAAGGGCAUCGAGACAAAGAGAGGUUGCGGCUUUCACAUAGCGAUAAGGACUCUGAAAGCAAAUGCUCACGAGAAAGUAGAAAUCCUGAAAAGAAGGAUGUUCCUAGAAGUGAAGAGCACCUUCACGAGAAAGAGAGAGAGAAAAGUAGGGAACGGCCAAGGGAGCAAGACAAUGAAAAGAACCGAGAAAGGCAUCACAAAGACAGGGACCCAAGUGAUCGGGGUAAAAGCAAAAGGUGAAAGGAAAAAAAAAUGAGAGAGAAAGAAGGCACAGUCUGUCUUCUAGUUCUAAACAAAUAGAACAUAAUAUGUUUUAAAUAUGUCCUAAAGCUGUCUGUAUAUUAUAUGCUUGGGUAUAAUUGUGCCAUCGAUACUUACUUUUUAUAUUCAAUGUUUAAUGUUUUGUAGGACUAAGUCAGUUCUGGUACCAAUCUGUGUACCGCACAUUCAUUUUCUUUUACAAUCUCUUGACAUAGGAGUAAAGUUGAAUAGUUGGAACAUUUUACACUGCUUGUAUAGAAAAAUGACCGAAAGGGGCUUCUUUUAAUAUGCAAUAAACGAUACAUACAGAUUCUUUGUCAAAUUGGGCUUCAGUCAAGCUAUUUGUAGCCUUUGGUGAUUUGUACUUUGCAUUUGGAGCUAUUCCAACAAACAUGAAUAUGGAUUUGUAUUGUUAAGUAUGACAACACAGCAUUGGCUUUGAAAACAAGAGAGAUUGUAAUGCAGCCCUAUUCAAAUGCAACUUUCAGCUCAAGCUGAAUAGGGUUGAUGGCUUCGUGAAUUCAAAAGAUUCCAGAGAAUAAGAAAAUGGUGGCAGCAGAGGGAAUUCCAACUGUAUUAAUUAUUCAUUAUUGGGCAUUUCUGAUAGAAUGAAUUGGUCCGUGAGCAGAAGCAGUCCAGGUUUUACUGCUUCGAGGCACACUUUUUAGUGAAGUAUUUUAUGGCUUUAGCUUUUCUGUCAUUGAUGGGCCACCUCCUGAAAUGAAUAGAACUAAUGAUGUCAAUAAUGUUAGGAUUGGAAUUAAAUAUAUUAUCUAGGAGAAUUCACAGGAGUUCUCAAGCUUUGCUCAUUCUAGGUUUUUAUUGGCAAAAGGAACAGCAAAGCCUAGAUCAAGGUUGACCAUGUUUCUGGUUCAUCUGCACAAAGGCGGGUUUUUUGUUUUUGCUUUUAAAGUGACCACCACGACCCCUGAUGACAAUUUGAGAACCCUAGCUUUCAGCUGAAAUUAAUAUUUUAGCUAUUUCUCAUGCUUUGAAAACUUGAAUACCUAAGCUUGUACAUGAGACUUGUGUUUUCCUAUUCUUUAUAUUAUAAAAUGUAAAUAUUUUAAGGAGUAUUUUGAUUCUACAAAUAAUAACCUUCUCACAGUUGUUUGCUUGAUUUUAAUAGAUGUGGAGCAAUAGGCUAAACCAGUAUAACAGAAAGUUGUAUAAAUAUGGCUUGCCUUUACAAUUCAUGACUGGUAAUUUUUAAUAACCCACAGGGUUUUUAAUAAAUAGAUCAGUAAAAAUGUGAUUUUUCUGUGGAAGAUUAUAGUAUAUUGGUUUUUCUGUUAGAUAUCAUUGCACUACUCUGUUCAACAUCCUAUUUUGAAGUAUUUAGUAAAAUUAAGAGCAUUGUGCAUAAAAAAAGAAACCCUUAAUUAAAUCGCCUUACCUAUGAACAUAGAUUUUGCACUUUGGUAUAAGAAAGAAACUUUCUCUCAAUAAUAUGUGAUUAAAAUAAAUUGUUAGGCUAUUUUAAAAUCCUAUUUAAAUAUAAUAGCCAGUUUGCAAACCCUGCACAUGGCUUUAUUUAGUCAAAUUAAAAAUGCUAUAUCAUAAAUUGCU